AUGGUUUCCUCGCAUGGAGACUUGAUCAACGAAUCGCAGUUCUAUCAGAAUGUCGUCGUUAUGAGGCACGGCGACAGAAUUGACAACUUCGAGCCACUGUGGGCUUCGACAGCUGCGCGGCCUUGGGAUCCGCCGCUUGUGGAAGCCGGGAAGAUUCGGGCAUAUUGCGAGGGUCAAAGGCUCCGGAACGAGCUUGGAUUCCCUAUCCACCGGGUCUUCAUUUCCCCAUUCCUCCGGUGUCUUCAGACCGCCGCCGAAGUUGUUAUCGCUUUAUGUGCCGUCGAUGAUCACCACAAUGAUCCCAAUGAUUUGAGUUCCAACGGAGUCGUUAUUGAUCCAUCCAAAAUUAAGGUCUCAAUUGAGUAUGGGUUGUCCGAGAUGAUGAACUUGCGAGCUAUAAGACCGGAUGUGGCUCCAAAAGACGGGGUUUUCAAGUUCAGUCUCUCACAAUGUGAAGGUGUUUUACCCGUUGGAACCAUUGACCAUGCUGCAGAACAAUUGCAUAAGCAGCUGCCGAAAUGGCAAGAGUCGCUGGAAGGUGCUAGGACUCGAUAUCGAGAGGUUAUCAAGGCUCUUGCUGAUAAAUAUCCUUCGGAGAACUUGUUGCUCGUGACCCAUGGGGAAGGAGUUGAGGCUGCUGUUUGUGGAUUUAUGCAAAAGGUCGAGAUGGUUCGCCAAGUCGAGUAUUGUGCUUACUCACACUCAAGGAGACCAAUCGUUUUUGGUGAAAAUCAGUCAUUCACAGCCGGAGAUUUGGUGGGUUUACACGAAGGUCAAGUAGGUAUUACUUAUAGCGCUCGUGACUCGAAGGUAGCAUUGAAUGAUUCUCCGAAGAAAACAAACAUCAUAUAG